GUUGAUUUUUAUUUUGCUACGUACCAGUGAAGAUGACACCAAAACAUGAAAAACAGGAAUUUGUAACUGUCUUGGUGAGAGACCCCAGGACACAGAAAGAAGACUCAUGGCAUUCUUACAUAGACUAUGAGAUAUUUAUUCAUACAAACAGUAUGUGCUUUACAAGGAAAACAUCCUGUGUUAGACGUCGCUUUAGAGAAUUUGUUUGGCUUCGUCAGAGGCUUCAGAGCAAUGCGGUGCUUAUACAGCUACCUGAACUGCCAUCUAAGACUCCCUUUUUCAAUAUGAACAAUCCUCAUCACGUGGACCAUCGCCGUCAGGGUCUGCAAGAAUUCCUGGAAAAUGGGAAGAAAUGGGAUUCAAGCCUAUGUGGACCUGUCAAGGGAGAUGUUUGCAGGAUCCUACAAGAUGCAUUGUUGCUUUCAGAUAGUAGACUUCACCUCUUCUUGCAGACUCAGCUUAGCCCAGAAGAUAUGGAGGCUUGUGUGUCUGGACAGACCAAAUAUUCUGUUGCUGAUGCGAUUCACGAGUUCGCCUCUUUGAACAGACGUUUUCCUAUAGAAGAUGAAGAGAGAAAAAAAGGAAAAAAUGAUGCAGACUCUGAUUCAGAGAGUUCAUCCUCCGGGCUCCGACCUAGUGAUGACAGCAUUUCAUGUGGAUGUAAAGCAAGCCCAGCUUCUGAAGAAUCAUGAAAAAUCAUUCCUCUAUUACUACCUUAAGGACAGUACAAAGCAGUUUCUGCUCUGUUUACUGGUUACAUGUGCCACAUAAGCAGGGCUGUCUGGUAACACGUACCUAAAAGACUCAUCAUCAAUACAACCAUAUGUCCUUACAAAAUAUUCAAAACAGACCUCGAUACUAUCUUUUCAUUGAUUUUUUUUUUUUUAAUGUAUCUUGAUUCAGGUCUGCAUGUUACCUGUUUAUGUUUUUGUGACUAUUAAAAUCUCAGUAUUGGGUAAGUCCUUUUCUGGCAUACGUGGCAAUUAAAAUAUUUCCCUCAGUGAGUGCAUGUCUUGGAUCAGAAAAAUAAAGAUAACUUAAUUCCUCAUCUUAAAAGUUGGUAUAUCGUAUUAAACAUAUUCAAAGCAUCUUUUUGUAAUUCGCAGCAGAGAAGUUUCAUCUUUAGAAGUCAUUUGACACUGGUGAUGAAAUUACACACCCCACCAAGGUACUCACUUUUUAAAGUAGCUCAGCAACAUCAGCAAAACAACGUUCAUACAAACUAUAUGCUGCUGACAAUUUGAGAUAUAAAUAAAUACAUGUUUCCAUGGUCUUUCUGUAGUGUUUACAGAAAGCCUGGUUUUAUCACGUGUGAGUACUGAAGGCAAACAUUUUUGAGUAUGGUUGCUUAGAAGUUUAGAAAUAUAAAUAAAAAUUACAUAAUUUCUAGGCUUGAUGGAGGUUCUCAGUUCCCAGGGAAUUAUGGAUACUCAUUCGCAGUGAAAAUCCUGGAUAAGGCUCAUUGAAACCAAUGGCUGAAUUUUGCAAUGACCUUGCUAAGGCCAGGAUUUCACCCAACAUGUUUUACUUUUGGCACUUACAUUUGAAGAUGCUGGGGAGAGAUGUUUUAGUUUAGCAGCUGAAAUGGAGAGGUGAUGAUAAUCACACAGCUAUAACACGCUGUACGGAUGUUGUCCUCUCCACUCUUUGGGAGUAACAGGAGCUGCUUAUUUCAUUGUGGCUGUAGUUAACACGUUGGAAUAUUGACUUUUUCACAAACAAAAGGCAGGCUUAAACACAACUUCGUAACCACCAACACUUAUUUUGAUUAAAUGUCAGUUUUGCUCUUUAUUGUUCACAGCAGCUGCGUAGUGUCUUGUCCCAGAUUCUGUCAAAGGAGUAUGUUUCACUGUGGUGUUGUAUUUAUAUUUGACAUUUAACUGCUAUUAAAAAGAGCUAGGGGGUCUGAUCACCCUAGCAAAGCUUCCAUUAACUUCAGUGCUGUAGUUACCGGCCUAGAAAUGGAUAUAAAUACAUGCUUGCUUUUUUUUUUUUUUUUUGGUAAGAAUUAUGUGGUUACUUUCAAAGAAGGAACAUUUUAAACCUGUGAAUUACAGAAACAAUGGAUUAUUAAAUGGCCAGCUAAUAAGGGCUAGCAUAGACAUGUGUGGGCAUGCUUUUUUAAAGCAUCCAGAUGGGAAUCUGUGUAAUUUUAGAACCAUGUUUUAAUAGCCUUGAGAAUAACAUCUCUUAGGUAACUACUUUAAGCCACUGUAUUUUGUUGAUGGCAGCACUUUUUAAAGAUAAAUAUCCAUGUUUCUUUUUCUUUGGUCUUACUGAUUUGCACAAAUGUAUCUAUUCACUUUCUCAGCUUGUGUGUGAGUUAGCAACAAUGUUAUUUUAAUCUAAAAGUGAUAACAUUUAAUUAAAGCAACAAGUUAUCACAAAAAAGUAGCUUAAAAAUAGCUGUUAUUGCCAGGCACAGAUUUUGAUUUCUUGACUUUUCUUCUCUUCUUUUUUUUUUUUUUCAGUAAGUUGGCACAUUACAAGAAAAAUUGUUUAGCGAAUUUAUUUAAAAAAUGGGAAGGAUAUAAAAACAAAAACUGGAAUAAUGUCUGAGAAGGAUACUAAUGUUUUUAUUUAACACAGUGUGGUUUUUUCUUUUGUUUUAAAAGAUUGAGCUAAACUGUUGAAGCACUUUACAGUUCUGGCCUCCUAGGACAUCUUUAAGAUCUGCAAAAAAUUACAGAAACACGAGGUUUGGAAAGCCUUUGUGGUGUUUUUUUGAUUUUUUAAUUCUGGGAGCUUAUCUGUAGGCCAGUGAGUGUUUUUCAAAUGAAGAUGUUUCUGAAAUAAAUAUUUGUUUUCUAAUAGCUCUAUUGUUGUUCUGUUAUUUUCUCGUCAUCCUGUUAAAAAAUUUUAAGACUACUAUGACAGAACUUUCUUCUCAGCUUUGACAGAGAUUUGUUUAAAUAUUUAUCUUUUGAAUGUUGCUUGUGUAGCUAGUAUUACUGGAAUUUUUUGUAUGAAAGGGUGAGGAAAAGUAUUCCAUGCUCUCUAGUAUGUCCACUUUCUGUAUCAACUGUAUGUAAUGGCAUAUAAAUGCUUUAAGACAUUUUGUUUCAUUUGGAACAUUAAAUAUAACUAUUACAAAUUUAAAUGUUAAAAAAAAGAUUUUUAAUGUCCUUUGUGACCUCAGUGAUUUGGUGAUUUCUCAACACUGGCAGGCAGUUUGAUCAGUUGAUCACUGGUAUUUUGAUUCUCAUUUUAAAUAAUGCUGACAUUUCCUGCUAGUUUGUUUUAUUUGUUUUUAACAGGCUAAUAUCUAAUUUAUAAAUUAGAAAUAGUAAUCAGAUUACAUUCUAUCUAAUUGCAGUAUUUCUGCCCUCAAAAGCUGUGCUUUAUCUUUUGCUUAGAACUUUAUAUCCUCAUUUUUACGAUGAUUUCCUAAAAGCUUUUAAGUAAUUAAAUAAAACAAGUUACUACUUU